UCUCUCUCUCUCAUUCGUUUAAUUCGUCAUCUGAUUUGCCGAAAAUGUCUAUGCGCGUAAGCCCCUGUUAUUGAUGCAUUGAUAAUUACUAUCACCAUUUGUUAUCAUAGCAAACCUAAGUGCAACAAUUGUACUGCUAUAUCAGAUUAAUUGUUUGUUUAUGUGACAUCAGCUGGCUUAGUAUCAUUCUUCGAAUAAAUUGGGCUUACAACUACUACUGUUUAUUUUUCGAAACAGUUCAACCUCUUCGCGUCCGUGAUCACGUGCGUGCGACAAUCAAACCGCUGAUCAACGAUGUCAUAAAUGAUGUCAGCCGUGACUGCUGCGUCAGAGCGUUACGUUCUUAGAACGCGUUCACAUUAGGCUAACAUGGAUCGAUCUAAAGACGCAGAUCCUUCUUUCUGAUAGCAAGGGUCUCUAUAAUAGAGCAUCGACGAUACAAUCAUUUUGUAACAGACUACCAGCGCACCCAUGGUCAGAGAGAACAAAGUUCCUAAGCCUUCUAUGCUAUGUUGAUGGCUACACUGUACCCGUCACAAAGUAGGCUUACUUGUCGCAUAGGGAUAUGAACCGCCUCAUAUUGUUGUAUCAGUGCGGUACGGUGUCGUUAAGAUCGAUCUCUGGGAUCUACCAGAUUCUAGUCGAGUCGCGCCCUUCAAUUAACUAACUGGAUGGGUGAUAGUAUGGCAGAUUUAUGAUAUGCGUAUUCCUGUACAUAAGGCUAGGUUAACGACCAUAUCGUAUACGAUGAGACACAUUGCGACAGAUACCGCAGCCGCGGCCUUCGGUUAAACCUGGCUAAGAUUCCCCCUACAGUCGCUUAAGUCUGAAAAAACAACAGAAAAAGGAGCAACUCAGUUAUAACAAAAAACUCACGAGUUCAUCGUCCAGGUGAAAGUUACAUGAGCGCGUUAUAGGCAUUUCUCAUUUUCUUUAAGUCACGCGCAUAGUGAGUAAUCUAAUUUGGCGUGUGUCCUUACACUAGCCUGCCAGAAAACUUUAGACUUAUAAUCACUAACCGAGUCGAGUGGGUUUGAGAUGUCCAGGUCGCCAUACGUUUAUAAAUUACUUCCGGGAGAGAGCUGCAAUCCAGUGAACUCUUUAAAGUCGGAGAAGAUGGGAACCCCUUCUUGGAAAGUUUGGGUCGGUCUCCAGGAAGCGAAGACUGCCAAAUUCUGGAAAGCGGUUUCGUCGGAGCUCAUAGCAACUGCGAUACUGAUGAUAGUCCAGUGUUCUGUGCCUUUAAAAUGGCCGGGAAAUAACGACUCGGGGACCACGGUUCAGAUCGCUUUGGGAAUGGGUUUUGUUGUGAUGUGUCUCAUAGAGGGCUUCGGACAUUUUUCGGGGGCCCAAGUAAAUCCUACAGUGACGCUGGCCAUGUUUGUGGCACGGAAACUUUCCAUAGUGAAAGCUAUUCUUUUCAUUCUGGCACAAUGCAUGGGAUCAUUACUUGGCUCAGGUCUGGUUUACGUUGUCACUCCUGCCAACGCAACUGGGACUUUUGCCACGACCGUCGUUAAUCCCCUGAUGACUCCCGCCCAGGGUAUGGUGGUAGAGAUGUACCUGAGCUUCAUGCUCGUCUUCGUCAUCUUUGGCGCCACGGACAGCGUGAAGAAGAUCACGAUGCCGAGUUUGGUCAUUGGACUUGCUGUGGCGAUGAAUAUCUGUACUGGAAUAAAUCACACUGGUGCUAGUAUGAACCCCGCCCGCUCCCUGGGGCCUGCUGUUUAUGUCAAUAUAUGGGAAAACCAUUGGGUAAGACUUCCCCUCCGGCCACAGGUGUCCCUGUAG